AUGGCUACCCCUUUCUCCCAGCCGACAAAUCAGCGUCAGGCAAGGCAAACUCGCUCUGAGAAGUACAAGCCUGUGCGCAUUCUCAUGUUCUCAUGUAGAGAGGAGCUAUUCAGAGAAGAGUUCAGUCGACGUGACGCCCGGCGCAUGCUGCGAUCACCAGAGGAUUGGGGUAUGCAGAACAUAAAGUCAGCCGUCAUCAUUCUCAAGCCACAUCCUGCAGGCUCAGCCACGGCUGACAGGUUACGUGUGAGCGCUGCCAAGUCUGCAACCGUCCUCCUCAUCCUCAUUGACUAA